CAAAAAAAAAUGCCCGCACUCCUUCUCGAGUAGAUGAACACCUUCUUCAAACUCGGAAGCUUGAUUCAACGCACUGCUUCUCAAAUCUCUUCGUUGUCUUUCCCUAAAUCUCGUUUCUUCUCCGAUGGAGAAAGUGCGGUUUAUCAUCACGCGCGUUUGUUCAAGAAACCAUUAUCGACGAAGCUCAACUUCAAUCUUUUCAACUCCGUGAGCCUUAUGGGUUUCGUUGAUCGACCCGUACGAGUCAUCGACACCGGACCCGAUAGGUUCGGUGUUUUCACUAUGCUUAGAUUGAAACACCCGCUCUAUCCUAACCAGAGCUUUAGGAUAUAUCUUAGUAUGUGGGACGCGGUGGCACGGAUGUGUAUAGCGCAUUUGAAGCCAAAUGAUUACAUACUUGUUUCAGGCCGCCUUGCUUCUUACAGCAAGAGCUCCAGCGAUGAAUCUUGCGGCUUAGAUUUUGGUUACCAGGUUAAUGUGACAGAGGUGAAUGUUGCAGCGGUACCACCAAGCCACGCCUUAGAUUCUCAGAUGUACGAAAAAACAAUAUCUGCAGCAGAAGAUGGUAUAGAAGAAUCCAAGAAUGAUGAAAUAUACUUGUGGCAAGUCUUCUUUUCGAAUCCAAACGGGUGGUGGGACAACAGAAGAAGUAAGAAGAACCCAAGGCAACCUGACUUUAAGCAUAAAGAUACAGGUGAAGCUCUCUGGCUUGGCUCAGAUUUACCGGAUUGGGUUACUAGACGACUUGAAUUGUUAGACCAGAGAAAGCGUUUCGACAAUGAGGAAAGAACACGUCGUGCCAAUCUUUCCGAGUGGCUUUAGGAUGAGAUGUUCUUGGGGGUAUUACAAGUGUGUUAUAUGGUAAAAGGUGGUACUUUUGGGAACAUUAUACUCAUCUUAGUGCUCACUCAGACUCCGAGAGUCAGUCACAUGUCUCAACUGUGGCUGUUUAGUGUUUAUAUUGCAAAAUACAUUAAUUGGUUAACUCUAUUAGUUUGAAUAUGAAGGAAUUUAAUUGAUUAUUCUGCAAGUGAA